AUGUCGGCCUACGUGAACGCACCCAAGGUGCAACUGCUCGAGCACAACGAAGCCUUGUCGCCGCUGUUGCAAGAAAUUUAUCGUAACUGCGAACGCCGUAGCAUCCGGUACGACAGACCGUUGGUACAUUUUGUGACGAACCUGCUCAGCCUUGACCCACGGUUUGAGCUGUUCAUGGAAACGGUCAGUGCCGAUCGCCGCAAUCACGACGACUUUGUCGAAGCUUGCUGUGCUCUGCUAGCCGACGACCGUUCGCCUCGUCUAAUCACGCUUAAAAUGCAGGCUCACUUCCUGGGAAACUUUUUCGCUAAAGACGAAAUCAUUGAAAAGCACGCGCGAAACUUGCAGGCGAAAACGUUUGCACUGACGAAAGAAAUCAUUGAUGUCGAUGUGAUUACGAAGGACGAACAGGAUGACGUGUUCAAUAAGGUCAUUCUGGAUAUCGUGAUGAACAUGGGCCUCGGGAACCCGGAGUGCAAGAACGUGAUUAGCGAAACGAUGCGAGCAUUGAACUCGGUCAUGUCCCGGAGUGACAAGGCCAAGUUCGUGACACUCGAUCGGAAGGACCGUUUGAUGGCACUGAAGGACAUCCGCGAGAUUGUGGCGGGAAUUCGUAUUUUCAACAAACACUCCGGCAACACGGCAAACGGAAUGGCCGAUUUGCCGAAAGUGCUCGAUCAGUCGCACGAAUCAACGAAAUCGAUCCUCCAGAUUACGCUAUGCGAAAUUAUGGACAAAGUAAACUUGCUCACGAGUGCCCUCAAUGCCGCCAUCGCUUAUGAUUUGCGCAAUCGGUCCAUCAUUACGCUGCUACCGGAAAACAUAACACCAGAUGACUUCGAAACGAUCAAGGAUCUACUGAUCAUGUACCGACAGCACGAGGUGUACACUCGGAAGCUGAUCGACGAACUGGCAUCGAUCAAGGUCAACAUCGAUAGCUGUAAGCAAGAGUACGAAGCAAAACUGCUGCGCAUUCACGAAGCAGUCCAGUUCCGGACAGCCAUUCCCACCGACCGUGUGUUUCCAAAAUUUUCGGAGCUGACCCGUGUGUGGCUGCAGUUUCAAAAUUUCAUAUUCCUCCUGUCGGAGAUGAACCAAAUCAGUAAUAUGCUGACGAACCUGACCGAGCGCUGCGUUAGUUUUGAUGAUGCCGCUUACCGGCUGCUAGGCGAAUGUCAGAUACAAACCGACGUGGAUCGACUGAACAAAGUGAAGAACAAACGGCUCGAGCUGGUGGAAGCGAACCAUUGCGAGAUCGUGGCGUACGAAGAGAGCAUGCAGAUUGAGCUGCUCAAGUUUUGCCUCUGGCACAUGGCCGAAGGGAAAGGAUUGCUGAUGCCGGGCAGUGUUGAGAUGGGAGUUUGCCGAGUCCACAAGGAGCACUUUUUAUUCAACAUUCCCGAACCGUUCGUAUUUUUCGACGAGGAUCCAAACAAAUACUUCUACAAGAUCGUCGAAACGGUUCGCAAGAAAAUCCAUCUCAUUUCGCUAUUAAACCUGUACGACAAGCUGCUGGCAGCGUACGAUGCUCCUCGAAGUGAGGGAUUUCAGAUGAAAAUUACGACCACCUGCGAGCAGGAGGUACAGACGGACUUGCACCCGGUUCCGUCGUGUAUCGAUCGCGAAUACCGCUGGAAUGUGUGGGACUAUCGUCGAGAAGCGAUCCGUUUGGCCAAUCUACGCACCAAACGUACGAGCUCGAUGCAAACACUUGAAUCGUGCCGUGCCCUGCCAAAGUCGACCCAAAUCUAUCCCGCCAAAUCGCAGUCUACGCAGACACGCACCACCCGCGGAACGGAUGCGUCCGAGCCUCGGCGAUCAACUGCCGGCGUUAAGAUGCUAGCACCGUCAGCUCCGUCACCGUUGAAAAUAUAUGCUCUAACGCUGGCCGAGACAAGUCGUUCCGCUUUUGGACGCAGCGGCGAACGUUAG